AUGCCACUAUUUACCGAUCUCCGUGGUCGAUAUGUAUCUUUCAGACACCCAUUUGUUCCGCCAUCCUCAGAAGCUGCCUUGAGAGAUCUCGCUGACUCUGUUAUGCAUCACUAUAUCGACAACCAGUGCCCCGCGGCUCUGGCUGCGGCUUUGACGUUUCCGUUCCUCGGCGAUAGAAGUGCAAAGCUCCCAUUGCCAAAUACGACAUCGCAAAGCAUUCUGCCACCGGCUCGCUGCACUCUCGUAACACGCGCGGGAUGCAUGUCCUUCUCUGCGGCUCUUUCUUCGACCCUCAAGCCCCCUGCAACCUUGUCGGUCCCUGGCUCCAACCAAUCCUGGAAAUCAUCAACCCGUUUGGUCAAAACCGGGGAUUUUGAAAGCGUUGCCGUCUCCCAUCAUUGCCGUCAUUAUGGGAGACGGCAACCUAAGCUCGCAGCGUUAUGGAUGAGGGCCGCCAUAAGCGGAGUGGCAGACUACUUCUUGCGAUGUGUCAAUUUAGGGCUAGCAGCAAUAGAGUUUGACGCCGCUGCGUGGACUGGUACCACGAAUUCAUUCAUUAGUCUCGUACCUGACGAUCGACCCGGGCUCGAGGAGGAGGAGGAUCGGGAACUUCCUCGUUCGGAUGAGUGCCGUUUGCUUUUUCUUACCGACGCUGAGGGGCAUUCUCGGAUUCCUAUCUGUCCUUGCAACUCGUAG